UAAAGGUUUCACACUUUGAGCCGGUGGAGAGGCGACACAUUUCGCUGUGGAAUUUAGAGUGCACAAGAGAAUUUUGCUUGUUGCUUUCGCUUGCCACUUCCUCUUCCUGGGAUCACGAGAAUUCCUCGUUGAAGGUUCGAAGACUCGGCUUCGCUCUGCUCUCUCAUCAGAUCUGAAGCAUCAGCUCCGGGAUCGGACUUCUGUUCUUUUCCGCCCUCGAAUUCAAUCUGGUUUCGCUUGGAUAUCGAGUUUUGGGUCGAAUGAGGCGGGUUGUUUGCCGGUACGCCCGUUGAGAAUCUAGUACAUCGGGUUUCUGGGUUUGCUUGCGCUGUCGGAGGUGGUAGAUCGGCGGGUCUUGAUUGAGUUAGGGAUGGGCGAGGGCGCGGGGUUCCAGUUGGGAACCGUCGGAGCGCUGAGCCUGUCGGUGGUGUCGUCGGUGUCGAUAGUGAUCUGCAACAAGGCGUUGAUGAGCUCUCUCGGAUUUAAAUUUGCUACAACGUUGACAAGCUGGCAUCUACUGGUUACCUUCUGUUCUCUUCAUGCGGCAUUGUGGAUGAAGCUUUUUGAGCACAAACCUUUUGACCGAAAAGUGGUGAUAGGUUUCGGAAUACUGAAUGGAAUCUCUAUUGGACUAUUAAAUCUAAGUCUAGGUUUCAACUCUGUAGGUUUUUAUCAGAUGACAAAACUAGCAAUCAUUCCUUGUACUGUCUUCUUGGAGACGGCCUUUUUUGCAAAGAAGUUCAGCCAAAGAAUUCAAUUCUCACUUUCCAUUCUUCUAUUGGGUGUUGGAAUUGCAACUAUAACAGAUCUGCAGCUUAACUUACUUGGGUCUAUAUUGUCUCUUCUGGCUAUUAUUACAACUUGUAUCGCGCAAAUUAUGACUAACACUAUACAAAAAAAGUUCAAGGUCUCCUCAACCCAGCUUUUGUAUCAGUCUGCCCUUUACCAGUCGCUAACCCUGUUUGUAUCUGGUCCUUUUCUUGAUGGGCUCCUAACAAACCAGAAUGUGUUUGGAUUCAAUUACACAACUCAAGUUCUUGUUUUCAUUGUGCUUUCUUGCCUAAUAUCAGUCUCUGUCAACUUCAGUACAUUUCUUGUAAUUGGCAAGACAUCACCAGUAACAUACCAAGUUUUGGGGCAUCUCAAAACCUGCCUGGUUUUGACUUUUGGCUAUGUCUUACUUCAUGAUCCAUUUAGUUGGAGAAAUAUCUUUGGAAUCUUCGUUGCAAUAAUUGGGAUGGUUUUAUAUUCUUAUUUUUGCAUACUUGAAGGUCAGCAAAAAGCUCGGGAAGCAACUGCUCAAAUGUUGCAGGGUAAAGAUAAUGAGUCCGAUCCUUUGAUGAGAGCUGAAGUCGGAGCCGGUGUAAACACCGACGGCUCUGCUCCCACAAGCCAAAUAUGGAGCUCCAAUAAAGAUUUGAGCGCAUGAGGUCCACUUCAUGUCCAGAUUUGCGCAUAGCACAACUAGAUUCCAGGUGAAAACCAAGAACCACAAACCCUAUGCUUAAAUUGAACCAGUGGGUUUCAUUAAUUGAUUUUUAGGGAGCCAAUUCAAUAGUUAUUUUUCCUAGAUUCAUGCUAGCUAUUGCUAAAGAGUAUUGGGUCUUGAGCAUAAUGUGUGUAUUCAAUUUGUAACUACGAUUCUGUUAUCAAAUUAAAGAUACUUAAAAUAAGUGCUGAAAGGAAA